AGAAAAGUCUUGUUGAUUAUUUUCCUUUGUUGUUAAAUUUUAAUCAACUGAAGUUUCAAAAUACGUUUAAACUUGAAUAUUUAAAUUGUGUUUUCUUUUUAAUCCCAUUAGUUAGUAUUCUUAGUGUUCACCCUCGUUUUUCCCCCUAUCUCCUUAUGGUCUUUGGUUGUAUAUUUUGGCUGACUGUAUCAAGACCGUGCACCACAUAGCCAGCAACAAUAAAAACCUCUAUAAACUGUAAAUUGAUGUCUAUUAUUGAUGUUUUCUUUAAAGUACCCUAUUCUCAAAUCCUUUCAUUUUUCAUCUAUCUUUUAGUAUCACGUAAAAACUAAGCCUGGCCUCAUAUUCGGAUAGAGAAGGGUCUUCUGAGGGUGGUAUAACUCCCCCAGUAUCACCUCCACCUCGGAAAAGGCAGAGGAGAUCUGCACCUUCGCUGUCUUUCCUGGCUGAAGAAGUAGACACUCGGAAUUUAUCAAGCGUCUCCGAGGGUAACUGUAGUACGAUGCAGCAAACCAAUUGUCCAACAAAUGGCUGCCUAGUUAAUGAUGGAACUGCUAGCGAGGAUAAAGGUUACUCUCAUCAGGAGCCCAUUGGUAGUCGAAAUGAUUCUGGUGAGAGUCAUCAACAGAAUGGAGAUGGUACCAGUUACACUGAUACCAAUGGUUCCGCCACUACACUGCCUCAUGUGAAGAUUAAAUCUCGAACUGAAAGAGAUAUAAUUAAGUUGAUUGGACAGCAUCUUCAAGGACUUGGCUUAAGUCAAACAGUGGAGCAGCUUAUCAAAGAAUCUGGUUGUAGGUUAGAUCAUCCAGCAGCUACAAAGUUUCAAACUCAUGUUAUUGAAGGUGAUUGGGUUAAAGCCGAAGAUGACCUUCUUGAACUUAAGUCCAUGUUAGAGCAUCCACAAGCUCUUUUAGAAAUUAAGUUUCUACUCUUAGAGCAAAAAUAUCUUGAGUUUUUGGAUGACAACCGUGUAAUUGAUGCACUUUACUGUCUUCGUAAUGAAUUAACUCCGUUAAAUCACAAAAUCAAUCGGGUUCAUGAGCUAAGUCGCUUCAUUAUGUGUAAUCCUGGAGAUGAACUGCGUAAAUUAUCUGGCUGGGAUGGCAAAGGCCUACAAUCGAGGCAAUUAUUAAUGGAGAAACUUCAGGCUUUCCUUCCGCCUUCAGUUAUGCUACCUCCGAGACGUUUACGGACACUCUUGUGCCAAGCGAUUGAAUUACAAAAAGAACGCUGCUUUUAUCAUAAUAAUAUCAACGAAAAAAAUUACGAUAAUUAUUCUCUACUCGUUGACCAUACUUGUAGCAAAGAAAACAUGCCCUGUGAAACUACUCAAAUUCUCACUGAUCAUGGCGAUGAAGUUUGGUUUUGUCGUUUUUCAAAUGAUGGACCAAAAUUGGCGUCAGGCUCAAAAGAUAGUACUGUUAUUAUUUGGGACGUUGAUCCAGACACUUUAACUUUAAAACACAAGCACACAUUCGACGGCCAUUCAUAUGGUGUAUCUUAUAUUUCAUGGAGUCCCGAUGACAAUUAUAUUAUUGCCUGUGGACCUGAUGAUUGCUCAGAUCUAUGGGUUUGGAAUGUACAAACUGGUGAGCUCCGAGUCAAAGUUAGUCAUAGUCCAGAAGAUAGCCUAACAACCUGUUCUUGGCAUAAAGAUGGCAGAAAAUUUGUGACUGGAGGCUUAAGAGGUCAAUUCUAUCAAUGUGAUAUAGAUGGAGCUAUCUUGGACCAAUGGGAAGGCGUUAGAGUGCAAUCCUUGAGCUAUCGCAAAGAUGGAAAAACAAUUUUAGCUGCCGAUACCCACCAUCGUAUCAGAGGUUAUAAUUUGGAAGACGUCAUUGAUUUUAACAUUAUUCAAGAAGAUCAUUCCAUUAUAUCAUUUUGUACCGAUGAGACAGGAAGGUUAGCUUUGGUUAAUGUUUCUUCCCAGGGUGUUCAUCUUUGGGAUUUGGAAGAUAGAAUACUUGUGAGAAAAUUUCAAGGCGUCACACAAGGAUAUUACACAAUACAUUCUUGCUUCGGCGGAGUUAAUCAAGUUUACGUCGCAAGUGGAAGUGAAGAUCAUAAAGUUUAUAUAUGGCACAUAAAAAGAGAGAGACCUAUUAACGUUCUAACAGGUCAUGCGAGAACUGUGAAUUGUGUCUCUUGGAAUUCCAAAUAUCCUCAAUUGUUAGCGAGUGCCUCUGACGAUUCUACUAUACGAAUCUGGGGUCCAGCCAAAUCCGGAUCUCAAACAUCCUGCUCACCAGAUCAAUCUUCAUUAGUACUAUCAUCAAAUAAUUGUUUUCAAGACUUUUUCUAAUUACUCAUCAUCAUCGAUUUCAAGUUAAAUAACCCCUUUCAAUCGUCAUCAUCGAGUUCUUUUUUCUGAAGACCGUGACGAAGACUAUGUGCAGUUUUACUUAUCACAUUUGGUUCUGAAAAAAUAAUAUCGCUUUAGUAAUAUCUUAAAAAUGCAUAAUAGAACAAAUUUCUUAUGAAAAACUAAAGUUUUUUGUUCAAUUUACUUCGCAAAUGGUUUUAUACAUUUUAUAAAAACAAACAAUUAUUCAAGCAAGAAGUGCAUUAAACAAGCAAGAAAGGUAUUGCUUACCUUUUAGGUUUCAACAAGCUA